GCGAGCUUCAUCCCUCUAGAAGGGUAUUCUCAAAGCUUGGCCCAUUAUGGCGGAGGGGACGAGAAUGUGCAUCAAGAAUGGCCUAUCUACAAGCUUUUGGACGAAUCGCUGGAUCGAUGGUGGAGAGCUGCUACUAGAUUAUGCUCGGCCAGGAGGCCCUGAGCCCAACCCCAACCUCCCGGUGGCAGCGCUCGUGCAGACCUCAGGUGAGUGGGACAUUGCCAUGCUUAAACAACUUCUAACCGAGGACGGGGUCUUGCAGGUUAUCGGUGUCCAACCUCCCCAGGAGCUCGCGGGGGAGGACUCGGCGACUUGGGGACCCGAGCAAGAUGGACGAUUCCGGGUUCGCUCCGCCUACAACAUUGCGGCUCAGGCAGACGGCACGACCUCCUCGACGGACUGGCGUACUAUCUGGAGGUGGCAGGGGCCAGCCCGGGUUCGUCAUUUUUUGUGGCUGGCGGCCCGGGAUCGCCUGCUCACCAAUGCGGAGCGCGAGCGUCGUCACCUGACCCCCUCAGCGCUGUGCUCCCACUAUAAGAAUGGCCCCGAAACAAUCCUGCAUGUGUUGCGGGAUUGUCAUUUCCCCCGGUUAACUUGGUUGCAGGUCAUCCAGCCUUCUGAACACCAGACGUUCUUCGGUCUCCAUCUUCAGGACUGGCUUCUGAGAUAUAUCCGCCAGCCAAGCUUGAGCCUGCUUUUCGGCAUCUUUUGCUGGUCCCUCUGGAGGACCAGGAAUGACCGCGUCUUUGCAGGCAAGGUCGUUUCAGCUGAAGUCUUUCUGCACCGCGUCCAGGCAUGGGUAAAUGUAGUGCAGAAUGCUAUGGACAGGGACAAGGAAAUACAACAUCCGAGUCCGCCUGCUAGAACGGAGGAGAUGAUCUCUUGGACGCCGCCUCCUCCUGAGUGGGUUACUCUCAACUCUGAGGGCUCCGUCAACCCAGAGUCAAGUCACGCGGCUGCUGGUGGCCUGAUUAGAGAUCACAUUGGACGCUGCCUUGCGGCGUUCACCAUGAACCUCGGGAUUUGCUCUGUUACCCGAGCUGAGUUGAGAGGCGUUGCAGAGGGACUUCAGCUGGCCUGGGAUCUAGGCUUCCGCCGGGUCAAAGUCCAGCUUGACUCACGGUGUGCUCUUCAGAUUCUUCAGAGCCCCCAUCGCGAGGAUCACCGACAUUCAGCAGUAGUUGGCCGUUUCCAGGCGCUUAUUGGAAGAGAUUGGGAGGUUUCCACUUCCCAUGUUUAUAGAGAGAGCAACAAGUGUGCCGAUUAUUUAGCUAGUCGGGGUCAUCAUGUGCCUUUGGGCUUCAGUUAUUUUCCCUUUGAUGAUCCCACGCUUGGUCACUGGCUUUUGUAUGACAUUCAGGGGGUUUCCGAACCCCGUCUGGUUUUGAAUGAAGGCUGAGAUGCUCUGCAUCCAUUUAUAAAAAAAAAAAAAAUGGCUUCUGGGUCUUUAAAAUAAGAAAGGCUUCUGGGCUUU